UUACAUGACUUCACAUCCGCCCUGCUGCACACACACCCGGAAGCAGGGCGAGAUUCCCACACGUUAGGCGGCUGCAGAGCGGAGGACCCGGCACCCGCCGGCAGCUGGGGGUGUAAGUGUCCGUCUGACAGGUCGCUGUUUCCCGCCUCACCCAGCAGCCUGGUGGCGGGAAGCACAGGUAAAGAAGAACUGAGUCCUGGCAUAAUCCAACAAUGUUGGAGUCUUAUGUGACUCCGAUUUUAAUGAGCUAUGUGAAUCGAUAUAUCAAGAAUUUGAAGCCUUCGGAUCUGCAGCUGUCGCUUUGGGGCGGAGAUGUUGUACUCAGCAAGCUGGAAUUGAAGCUGGAUGUUCUUGAACAGGAACUGAAGCUGCCAUUUACAUUCCUCAGUGGGCACAUACAUGAGUUACGGAUCCACGUGCCAUGGACAAAACUUGGCUCAGAGUCUGUUGUGAUCACCAUCAACACUAUGGAGUGCAUCCUGAAGCUGAAGGACGGGGCACAGGAUGAUCAUGAGAGCUGUGGUUCCAGUUCUAGUCGGAGCAACACAGAGAGUGCCAAAUCUCCAACUAAACCACGGAAAAUCCAGCAAACGGCUCCUACAGAUCCGGACUUACCACCAGGCUACGUUCAGAGUUUAAUUCGGCGUGUUGUGAAUAACGUCAACAUCGUGGUAAAUAACCUCAUCUUAAAGUACGUUGAGGAUGACAUCGUUCUGUCCGUCAACAUCACCUGUGCCGAGUGUUACACCGUGGAUGAGUACUGGGACAGAGCGUUCAUGGAUAUUUCCGCUUCUGAGCUGGUCCUGAGGAAAGUUAUAAAUUUUUCGGAUUGCACGGUUUGCCUGGACAAGAGAAACGCCAGCGGGAAAAUAGAGUUUUAUCAGGAUCCGCUGCUUUACAAGUGCUCCUUCCGAACCCGCCUGCACUUUACAUACGACAGCCUUAACUCCAAGAUGCCUGCUAUAAUCAAGAUUCACACAAUGGUGGACAGCCUGAAACUCUCCCUCACCGAUCAGCAACUCCCGAUGUUUAUCCGCAUAAUGCAGCUGGGGAUCGCUCUUUAUUAUGGUGAAUUAGGAAACUCUAAGGAAGGCGGCACAGAGGAUCCUCCCACCCACGCGAAGGACAUCAUUGUCAGCAUGCCCGGAUCUGAAGAGGAGCUGGUCGCAGGGACGCAGUAUCCAGCGCAGGAAAUGUACUCUGUGCAAGACGACGACGACCAGCAAGGAUGGGUAUCUUGGGCCUGGUCUUUUGUUCCGGCAAUUGUAAGUUAUAGUAGCGAUGAGGAUGGAGAAGAUGGCUACGCAGGGAUGGAAGAGGGAAACGCACCACAAGGACCAAGAUCCAAGAUGUCUAAAGAUCCAAUAAUCUGUAUAGGUUUCUACUGCACGAAGGCCACGGUUACAUUUAAGCUUACGGAGAUGCAGGCCGAGAGCAGCUAUUACAGCCCGCAGAAAGUGAAAUCCAGAGAAGUUCUAAGAUGGGAGCAAGAAGGGACCACUAUUGAGGUUCUUAUGAAGGGAGAACCAUUUUUUGAUUGCCAGGUUGGCUUUGUUGGUAGUCAAGCCAUGUGUCUAAAAGGAAUUAUGGGGAUAAAAGACUUUGAAGAGAACGCAAACCGAACCGAUUCUGAGGCCUGUUUCUUUACCUGUGGGGAGAAUUUAACCAACAAAGGAAACACUUAUCUUACAAACUCAUUGUUUGACUACAGAAGUCCAGAAAAUAAUGGAAUUAGAGCAGAGUUCAUCUUAGUCUCGUCUACCCAUAAGGAGACAUACACAGAGAUAGCCGGAAUGCAGAGGUUCGGGGCCCUCUACAUGGAUUACCUGUAUACAAUGGAGUCUGCUAGUGGCAAAGGUUCUCUAAGUCACCAGGAAUUCCCAGCUGUAAAGACGGAUGAAACCGGCAGCUUACAAGAGAUGUCCAUUAAGCGACUGGUGAUCGGCCCCAUCGACCUCCGGCUGGACAGCAGCUCAGUGCAUAGGAUCCUAAAGAUGGUGGCUUGUUCCUUCGAUCAUGAAUACGAGGCAUACAGCUGUUAUAAUCCAAUUUUGCAGGAGGAAUGUAAGACAUUACCCAGCCCUGAGGAAGUGGCAUCAUUAGAGGAGUACAUACCUACAAGGCUGACCUGCGUCACAUUGCUGAAGUUCUCUAUCACAAUCACUAUGGCAGAAUUCAACCUACUUGGCCAAUUGAUGCCUAUCAUAAUGGGGCAGAAGCAUUCCGUUAGCAUAAACGCUGCAAGUUUUCAGCCAAUAAGACCUCUGCCUGCUCUCAGAAUACUUGCUGACAAAAUCAACGUUGAGCAUUCGGUGCCCAUGUACGCAGAGCAGCUGGUCCAGACGGUGAGCAGCCUGAGCCAGCCCUCCGAUAACCUGCUGCACCACUGCUACGCCCACUGCUACCUGAAGGUGUUUGGUUUUCAAGCCGGACUUACAUAUCUUGAUAACAAAGGAUCGUACUGCUCUCCUGUGUCAGUGGUGCCUGCCUUCAGCACUGCCUUGUAUGGGAAACUGCUCAGGCUCCCCCAGCAGUGGACGCAACGUACACAUGUGCCAGUGACCGAAUACAUUUUCGAGCUGCCCAACCUGACCAUUGAAGCUACAAGAGCUCAAACACUUCUCUUGCAAGUGAUUCUUCAAAGCUGGUCUUACAGCACGAACAGUUCCAGUCCUGCAGGUCUGAGUGAAGUGCUAUUGAGUGAGGUCUUCCCGUCUACAGGUGUGAAAUCCAAGAAUGCGCUGCCAACUCUAGAGGGUUCUAUCCAGAAUGUUGAACUGAAAUUCUGCAGCACAUCAUUGGUCAAAUGUGUCUCCGGGACCCUGGGAUCCAUAAAAAUUUGUGCCAAAGCCCCAGGUGAAGUAGGAAAAGAAAAGCUGAUUCCACUGAUUCAAGGUCCCUCGGACACAAAGGACCUCCACAGGAGCAAGUGGCUGAAGGAGAGCCGGAGGCCGGAGUCCUUGCUUGGUCCAGAUCUGAUCGCCUUUACAAUCCAGGUUCCUGAGCAGAUGGACUACUGCCACAGCUCUGGUGCAGUGUUUCUGGCGAGUCUGCAGGGCUUAGCACUGAAUGUUGAUCCAUUGUUGUACACAUGGCUCCUGUACCAGCCUCAGCGAAAAGGAGACAGACAGCCUCAACAGCUACUGGGAGCCGCUCAUCUUGCCAUGCCACUGUCGAAGAAGAAGGAGGAUGAGGUGUCAGUUGGCAGCAUGCCCUUGGCAAAGCAGGCAUCGAAUCAGCCGUCUGAGUAUGCCAGCAGCCCUGUCAAAACAAAAACCGUAACAGAAUCACGGCCCCUAUCCGUCCCCGCCAAGGUGCUGCAGACCUCUAGGGAGGGCUCCAAGACUCCGGAGGAGAGGAUGAAGGAGUUUAUCGCAGUGGUGUGGAACGCAGUUAAGCGCCUCACUCUUCAGGUGGAAAUCCAGACAUGCUGCAUUUUCUUUCCGAGUGACAGUCUGCCAUCACCCAGUACCAUCGUGUCCAGCGACAUUCCAGGGACGGUGAGAAGCUGGUACCACAGCCAGGUCCCGAUGCCAGGAACCCUUGUUAUCUGCUUGCCGCAAAUCAAAAUAAUGAGCGCAGGGCAUAAAUACAUGGAACCAAUUCAAGAGAUCCCAUUUAUUGUGCCGAGACCUAUAGUGGAAGAAGGUGUUGCAUUCCCUUGGACCAUCAAUCUCCAUCACUUCAGCGUGUACACUCUGCUGGAGCAUCAAGUGAUACUGAACCUAGUGGAGCCCAUGGGCUGCACGUCCACACUGGCUGUCACAUCUCACACACUGCCCUCUGCUGGCCCGGAGGCCGGUCACUCCUUUGUCGUCUGUCUGCACGUUGACCUUGAACCACUUGAAAUAAAGUGCUCGAACCCGCAGGUUGAGUUGCUGUACCAGCUAACGGACACAAUGAGCACAGUGUGGGAGAGGAUUCAGAGACGGGGAGUCUUGCACCAGUCCUCUAUGUACUUUGACUCCUCCGCUGGUCCGGUUCCCAGCUCUCCCAUCAGAAGCAGCGUUGGCACAGCACCUCAGGAUACCAGCACAUGCAGCCCAUCUGCUGAUAUUGGGACCACAACUGAGGGGGACUCUAUGCACGCUGCCGAGGAAUCCCCAUUUUCUGAUUCCGUGACACUGGAGCAAACAACAAGCAACAUUGGGGUGUCCAGUGGGCGAGUCAGUCUCUGGAUGCAGUGGAUGUUACCCAAGGUUACCGUAAAGCUGUUCGCUAUUGAUCCGGCAUGUAAAGGCACAAAGAUCUGCGUGGUCAGUGAGCUGGAAGACCUCAAUGCCUCUGUAGAUAUGCAGGACGUGUACACUAAGGUGAAAUGCAAGAUUGAAAGCUUCAACAUUGACCACUACAGGAGCAGCCUCGUUGAAAAGUGUUGGUGUCUGGGGCAAUAUGGCGGUGUCUUCCUCUCAUGCACUGACAAGCUGAACAGACGCACUACCUUGGCUCGGCCCGUCAGCAAGCAGGACCCUUUCAGUAACUUUUCUGGCUUCUUCCCUUCUACCACGGCGAAGCUUUUAGAGAGCUCCCACCAGCAGCAUGGAUUUCUGUCUCUGACCUACACCAAAGCUGUGACUAGGAACGUCCGCCACAAGUUGACAUCAAGGAGUGAGAAGAGUUCUCGGAGCUUUAGGAAACUGUCUGAAGGCUCCACAGACGGUUCCCCUCACUUCCUCCACGAAAUCUUAAUCUCAGCGCAAGCCUUUGACGUUGUCCUCUUCUUUCCUUUGCUACAUGCGAUUUCAAGCAUUUUUGAAGCCAGGCGACCUCACAAUCCGAAGGAGAAGCGUAAAUCUCCCGGACAACCAAUGAGGUCGCACGCGUUAACCUCGCGCAAUCUGCCGCUAAUUUACACCAACUCCGGGGUCAUUCGAGUCUUUGUACCCAAAGCCGAGGAGAAACCGCAGAAUGUAGGAGCCAACCAGCUUUUCAGUGAAGAUACUUUGGUGCUAAAGAUUGGCUCAGUUUCCAUGGCUCCACAAGCAGACAACCCCCUUAGCCGGAGUGUUUUGAGAAAGGAUAUAUAUCAGCGCGCCUUGAAUUUAGGAAUUCUUAGAGAUCCCGGAUCGGAAGUUGAGGACAGACAGUAUCAGAUUGACCUGCAGUCAAUUAACAUUGGCACGGCUCAGUGGGAGCAGCUGAAACCAGAGAAGGAGAGUAACAAUGGUGGACUGCUAGCAGAGGCAGACAGAGGCUCUCAGAACCCAGCACUAGAGUGGAACAUGGCCAGCAGCAUCAGACGGCAUCAAGAACGGCGAGCAAUACUGAGCCCGAUUCUAACAGACUUCACAGUGCGGGUUACCGCUGCUCCGGCUAUAAUCUUCAGUAAGGUGUCCACCCAUGACGCUAUGCAUGCGGAGGAUAUUUUAGUGUGUGGCCAUUCCUUGGAAGUGAAUAUUACCACAAGCUUGGACUUCUUCCUAAGUGUGGCUCAAGUAGAACUUCUGCAACAGCUGGUACAGGCGAACAUGGUUGGAUUUGAACAAACAAACAUGGCUGCUGAGGUCUCGAGGCAAGAACAGCAGAAAAAGGAUUCCACCGAUGGCCGCACCGGAGACACGUCGUCCCGCUACAGUGGAGCCCAAGACAGCGGCAUUGGUAGUGACAGUGUGAGAAUAAGAAUAGUUCAGAUUGAACAGCAAAGUGGAACAAGUCACCACAGAAUUGUCCGUCCAUCCAAGCAGUCCUCUAUUGUAAAGAAUCUGAAUUUCAUUCCCUUCGAUAUAUUUAUCACUGCCAGCCGAAUCUCUCUGAUGUCCUACUCAUGCACUGCAGUGUCCAAAUCGAAAGUGGACACCGCCGAUGAUGGGAAGGUGGGAAAAAGUUCUCUAAACCAGUCAAGCACUGAAUCAGAUGAGGUAUUGGAUAAAUCGGUCCAGUCGUGUAUCUCCACACUCACAGCUGAGGACCUGCUAAAUAGUAGUACUUCUUCACCAGUCACUGGCAAAGGUGGGCUCCUGUCCCUUGAACGUCUCCAUGCAACUACAAGAUCUUCUGCCCGACAAGCGCUGGGCAUUACUAUUGUUCGUCAGCCUGGGCGAAGAGGAAAUGGAGAUUUGCAGCUGAAUCCUUUUUUGCAUCUAAUAGUGACCCAGCCGUCUUUGCUCAUAAGCUGUCAUCACCGGAAACAGAAGGUGGAAAUAUCACUGUUUGAUGCACUCCUGAAAGGCGUUGAUCCGGAAUUCAAAUGCUCAGAUGCUGGGAAGACUUUGCCAGAAGGUCUUGAUUACACCAAGAUCUGGCUACAGACAGCAGCCGGAGAGGUCAAUGCCAGAACAGGGAUUCCUCCUCCAUUUGUCACACUGCAAAUAAAAGAUUUCCUUAACGGUCCAGUUGAUGUCAACAUUGAUGUAUCAAGACCAUUAAAGGGGAACUUGAGUUUCGUCAAAUUGGAUCAACUAAAUGUUUUCCUAAAGAAGGUCAUGAAAAAUGUCCCUGACCAUUCACCAGAGGGGCCCUCGCCUACUGAUGGAGCAUCACAGAGGGAUGAGAGUCUGAAAUCUCCAUCCUGCUACCGAAAAGAUCCUGGGAUUGUUACCCAGGAGGCUGGGAAAUCCCCCUUGCCAGAAGAAGGAACUUGGAGAUCACUCUCCUUCUUCCAUAAGAUCGCUUUCCAAACGACUCAAGUGUUUCUUUCCUUAUCCACUGUUUCGCACCCAAAAAGUCCCACCAUAUUGACUUCUUUUUCCGAGCUUCAGGGAUCUCUCUGCAUUCAGGCAGGAAACAAAGUACCGGAUGCCGUCUCUGGAGCAUUGUUUAUGCUGAAUGUAAAUGACUUUGUUCUUAAAACAAGCUUGAAGGAAAGAAGCAGAAAUCUGAUUGGUCCAGUUUCAGGCUCUGUUAAUCUUGAAGCCGAUUGGUGCAAACAUAGCGGGAAUCCGGGCCCCCUACAUUCAACUCCUAAAAUCCUCCUUGAUGUGAGAUGUGGGGUGAUACAGGUUUUCUGGGGUCAAGAGAACCUGAAUUGCUUAACACUUUUAAAUGAACUUCUCCAAGAAUACCUGAGCAGAGAGUCGGGAUUUAACGCCGCAAGUUGCGAACAGCCUCUCCUCCCGGUCUCUCCGGCUAUUGGUAGACCUCCAGCCCCUAAAACGGAACAUAGCUCAGAUGACUUGAGAACUGGCCUUUUUCAAUACAUACAGGACGCUGAUGCACAGAGGAUUCCCAAUGCGUUUGAAGUAGUCUUUUAUAAUGAGACAGAAGACAGUUCAGGGAUGAUGCUCUGGAAAUACCCUGAGCCCAGAGUCUUGACGCUGGUGCGAAUAACCCCUGUGCCUUUCAACACCACUGAGGAUCCUGAUAUUAGCACUGCAGACCUCAGCGAUGUCUUACAGGUCCCUUGUAGCCUGGAAUACUGGGACGAACUCCAGCGGUCAUUUGUUGCCUUUCGAGAGUUCAGUCUAUCUGAGAGCAAGCCAUGUGAGCUCCAGCUGCCCAGCAUCACCACGGUCAGCGAGCAGAGGGAUCUAGUGACUUCCUACCUAUGGAGGAUCGUGCUGAACAGCAGCGUCAGCUCCAUGGAUGACCAAAGCUCCGAAAGUGAAUCUGGCUCUCAAAGUGCCUGUGACCAACUUGUGACUCCUACAGCACUUGCAGCUUGUACGAGAGUGGAUUCCUGUUUCACUCCCUGGCUCGUACCCUCAGUCGGUGUUUCCGUACAGUUCGAUCACCUGGAAUUGCACUUGUAUCACCAUCUGGAUCAGUUAGGCUCAGAGCCACCAAAAUGUUUGCAACCAUUUACCUCUGAUAAAACAACCCCCAGCGAUCUGGAGUACAUGCUCGUCUCUCUGAAGGAGCCCCGUGUGUAUGUGCGGCAGUGGAGCGGCUCGUCCGUGUGUAAAGAGAUACGCUUCUCCACCGAGGCAGAUUGCCAACUUUUGGAAUGUCGCAAUCUCACCAUGAAGACUUUAGUUAAACAGUUCCACAUCCAGGGGCACACGGCCGUCUCCACCAGCGUCCUGGAGAAAUUCAUUGAUUGCACUAUCCUGGUGGACCCAAUAUUUGUGAACUUUGGGCAGCACUCUGUACACUCCAUUAGCACCGCAAUCCAGGCCUGGCAACAGAACCAGUGCCUCGAGGCAGAGGAGCUGAUCUACAGUCAUUUUGUCGUCUGUAAUGACACACAGGAGACACUGCGGUUUGGCCAGUUGGAUACGGACGAGAACAUAGUGUUGGCUAGCCUCCACAGCCACCAGUACUGCUGGCGCUCACACAAGUCCCCACAGCUGCUGCACAUCUGUAUUGAAGGCUGGGGAAACUGGCGCUGGUCUGAGCCUUUCAAUGUGGACAACGCUGGAACAUUUAUCCGAACUAUUCACUACAAGGGCCGGACUGCGACUCUAAUAAUUAAAGUACAACAGCUGAAUGGGGUGCAAAAGCAAGUGACUAUAUGUGGGAGGCAGAUAAUUUGCAGCUAUCUGUCAGAGAGUAUUGACCUGAAGGUGGUACAACACUACAUGGGACAAGAUGGCCUGGCUGUGGUACGGGAACAUGUUGACUGCCUGUCAGCCAAACAGAAACUGCCAUCUUAUGUCCUGGAAAACAGUGAGCUGACAGAGUUAUGUGUCAGGGCGAAAGGAGAGGAGGACUGGUCCCAAGAUGUCUGCCUGACUUGUGAUGCCACUGAGCACAGCUUCGUCAUUCAGGUGCCGUCUUCCAACAGACCCAUCAUUUACGUCUGGUGCUCACUUCUAACCUUGGAGUCCAGUUCCCAAGCGCAGCAGCGAAUGAUUGUGUUCAGCCCUCUCUUUAUCAUGCAGAGCCAUCUUCCUGAUCCCAUCAUUAUACAUUUGGAAAAAAGGAGCCUUGGUUUAAAUGAAACACAAAUUAUUCCUGGGAAAGGAGUGGAAAAGCCUCUGCAGAACAUAGAGCCGGACCUAACCCAUCACCUGACGUUUCAAGCAAGGGAAGAAGAUGACCCAUCGGAAUGCGCUGUUCCCAUCUCCACAGCUCUGAUUAAACAAAUAGCUGUGAAAACACAAAGUGACAUCUCUGCGAGUCAGAUCGUUUCCGACUUCUAUGGAGAAGAUUGCCGAGUUCCGCCUGUGUGGCCUUAUAAUAAGAAGGAUACAGACAGUGGUGAGCACCUGGCUCAGUGGGACAGUCCGAUGCGGGUCAAGCUCUCCCCAUGGAAGGCCCACCUGAAGACAUUACUGAUUGAGCUGCUCCCGUGGGCUCUCCUUAUCAACCAAUCCAGAUGGGACCUUUGGCUAUUCGAGGGUGAGAACAUAGUUCUUCAGAUUCCUGCUGGGAAAACCAUUAUUCCUCCUAACUUCCAGGAAGCUUUUCAAAUCGGGAUCUACUGGGCCAAUACAAACACUGUGCACAAGUCUGUUGCCGUCAGGUUGGUGCAUGACAUGACUUCUCCAAAAUGGAAGGAUGGGGACAACGGUGAAGUAGUGUCAUUGGAUGAAGAUGGAUUUGUUGAUGCGAACAUCAAGCUAGGUGCCUUUCCUGGACAUCAGAAGCUUUGUCAGUUCAGCAUUUCAUCGAUGGUCCGAAAUGGAAUCCAGAUAUUGCAAAUUGAGGACAAGAUAACUCUGCUCAACAAUACUUCAUUUAAGAUUUAUUACAGCCCACAGAUGUCGGUCUCUCAGCAGCAUUGUGAAGAAGAGUAUGUUCCUGUACCAGACAGCACUGUGUUCAGCAUCAGCCCAGUUGGGGAACAUCCCGCCGCCAAAUCCAGCACAAUUCCUUGCUGGGACCUGGUCUCCGACACCAGUCAGUCCGUGGGCGAAGCUCCACCCCUCCAGAAAUACAUUCUGCUCAGCCUGUGCCACAAUGCAGCAGCUGGCAAUGCCGAAUGCUGGAGCUUGCCAGCUAUCAUCCGCCAGGAGCACCCCCGGCAGAGUGUGGCUGUUCCCGUAGGAGACUGCGGUGGAAAUGACUUGUGCACCAAGGCUCUAGUGAUGACUUAUCAGGAACAUUUUGGAGUGACUUACUUAACCCUUACGGAAGACCCCAGCCCCCGGAUGAUCAUUCGCAACAGGUGCACAGUUGCGUUGCUUCUGAAAGAAAAUAUUAAAGAAACUCCGAAGUUUGAGGUUUACUGCAGAAAAAUCCCGGCGGAAUGUUCAGUUCAUCAUGAAAUGUAUCAUCAAGUGUCCAGCUUCCCUGACUGCAAAACCAAAGACUGCCUUCCUGGAGUCUAUCUGAAAGUGGUAUCGUGCGAGGAGUCAUCGGUGGAGUGGAGUGACCUGAUAGAUAUCAACAGUCAGGGCACACAGGUAGUCUUCCUAACUGGCUAUGGUUACGUGUAUGUGGAUGUGGUUCAGCAUUGUGGGGCUAUAAUCAUCACUCUAGCACCAGAAGGAAGGACUGGCCCCGUAUUGACGAGUCUCAACAGGACUCGAAGUCAGGGAAUGGUGUUUAGAGUCCUUGUCUCCCAGCUCAGCGUGGGGAUAUUUGAUGACGUCACAAAUUACAAAAUGUCGUCUGAACUCAUGCGGUUGACGUUGGAUAACUUGUAUCUUCAUCUGUCGCCGGUAAACUGCUACGUCAGACAGCCCUGUUGGGACAUACAGGCAGACAUCACUUGUGGCAUGCCCACGUUCUACAGCCUAGAGGUAUACUGUGGAGAUUUGCAACUAGACAACCAACUGUACAGCAAAUCCCAUUUCCAUUUCCCCGUUCUGGUUUGUCAAGAAGAGAGAAGCGAAUGCACCAAGUGGCCAAAGACCGGCAUUCUCUACUUGUCUACCAAAGAUCUAGAAGAAUACAAAGAGGCUUCUUACCUCAAACUCUUCAUCACCCUCUCUGUAGAGCAAGAGGUCUAUGAUUUGAAUGAGCUAAGCUUCGAUUUGAAGCCAUCCCGUGUUUAUGUGGAGGACACAUUUGUCUACUAUGUAAAAACACUGUUCGACACGUAUCUUCCAGACAACAAGAUGCUGCAAUGCCAAGUCAGUAACUCCGGACUUUUCCCUCUGAUACUACCAGAGCAAGUGCGGCAGCAUGCCUUAGCCCUAGUCAGCCCUGUUAAACUCCAUAAGCUAACCGUGCAACCGGUGAAUCUGUUGGUCAGCAUCCAUGCUUCCCUCAAGCUGUACAUAGCCUCCGAUCACACACCGUUAGCCUUCUCCAUGUUUGAGCGUGGACCGAUCUUCACCACAGCCAGGCAGCUGAUACACAGCCUAGCCAUGCAUUAUGCCGCUGGUGCCCUCUUCCGAGCAGGCUGGGUGGUCGGAUCUCUGGACAUUCUGGGAAGCCCGGGCAGCCUGGUGAGAAGCAUUGGGAAUGGCAUCGCAGACUUCUUCCGUCUCCCGUACGAAGGUCUCACCCGAGGCCCUGGCGCCUUUGUGAGCGGAGUCUCCAGGGGAACCACGUCCUUCGUGAAACACAUCUCCAAAGGUACAUUGACGUCCCUCACUAACCUGGCCACUAGUCUUGCACGGAACAUGGACCGGCUGUCUCUAGAUGAAGAACAUUACAACAGACAGGAGGAAUGGAGAAGACAGCUGCCGGACAAUCUCGGAGAAGGCUUGAAACAGGGGCUGUCCCGUCUGGGUAUCAGUCUUUUGGGUGCAAUUGCUGGCAUCGUAGACCAGCCCAUGCAGAACUUUCAGAGAACAUCGGAGGCCCAAGCUUCCGCUGGGCACAAGGCCAAAGGCGUUAUCUCCGGUGUGGGGAAAGGGAUUGUCGGCGUCUUUACCAAGCCUAUUGGAGGAGCAGCCGAGCUGGUGUCGCAGACAGGCUACGGUAUAUUACACGGGGCUGGUCUCUCUCAGCUCCCCAAACAGCGCUACCUGCCCAGCGAUCUGCAGACCCAACAGGCGCCCAACAGUCAUGUGAAAUAUGUCUGGAAAAUGCUUCAGUCUUUGGGCAGACCUGAGCUGCAUAUGGCCCUGGAUGUUAUUAUUGUCAGUGGCUCCGGACAAGAGUAUGUCGGCUGCUUGCUGCUUACGUCAGAAGUGCUGUUUGUGGUCAGCAUCAGCGAGGACACCCAGCAACAAGCCUUCCCUGUCACUGAAAUAGACUGUAUGGAGGAGCGGGGCUCUGAGAAUUGCCUCAUAGUACAGCUGAAGCAGCAGCCGGUGGCCAGUGAGCAGGAGGCUGACGCCACUAGAGAGCGCCUCUCCGAACAGCAGUACGUCCGGCUGGUGGAUUAUGUGGAGAAAAGUUCUCCUCAUCUGAUCCCGAGUCACUCGUCACUACACAUGGCUUCCCAGGUGGUGGCUGCAGAACCUCCGCCAACCAACACCAAGACGUACCAGUUCCUAGUGGAGGCACCAUUUGCCAGAGUGUUCAUCAGCAAGUUCAAAAUGGUGAAAAAUAAGGCUCUCCGAAGGGGAUUUUACUGAUUGCCCACUGUCCAAAUGAAUUAAUCAUAUGCAAAAAAAAAUAGAGAUAACUGGAUGGAAAUAGCGCUGGGCCCCAUCUCACAACUACAGCCGCGUUUAUACGCCAAACAUUAUUUAUUUGUGUGUAUGCAGGUGAUCCAAUAGUAACAAUUUGCUGGGAGAUAAAGUUGCAGUUGUGUCUUUUUAUCUCCACUUCCUUGCCGACAAAGAUUGGAGGCAGCCAUUUUGUGGCCUAUAAAUAUUUAUGAGAAUACUGACAGGAACUAGUGACAUCACUGAGACACAAAGCACCUAUAUGAUAUCUAGCUGCUAGUUUAUUCAUAUAUUGUAUUCUCAGUGAUGCCUGUAGUUCUUAGUCAUUUAUGGGACUUGCAGCUCAGCUCACUGACUCCUCUGUGUACAUAAAGGUUUGGUCAUUAUGUUAGUGACGUCUUUGCAUAUAAGUAGGACAAACACCUGUACUUUAUGUACCAAUACAUUGAAUUUCUGGUAAUAUUUUCCUGUAGACACGCUGUAAUAUUUCUCACAGCUAUGACAGCUCGCUGCAGUCUCCGUCUAUUUAAUAGCGCAGCUUAAAUAUUGAAACUGUAAAUAUGGUUUUAGGAUUUCAGGCAUGGGGGGGGUGGGGGUGGCGACUUUGUAAAAUAUUUCAUAGAACCGAUUCUUAUAUAUUACAACAUAAUGACUAUAUUUGAAGAGAAAUAAAGUGAAAGGAAUGUGUCCUGCGUUUUUUCAUAUUUUUGUCCAUGAGAAUAUAAUAUGACAGAACUGCUACUGAGAUUAAAAUGUAUAUUCAGUAUCUGCAAUCUGCCCAAGUGUAUACACACGUAUAGCAUUCUCCUCACCUUCAUAUUACUGGUAGUGGUAUGUGAGGCGUCACAUUGCGCAGCAGCGCUGGUACAGGGGUUAGAUAUGUAAUCACAGCGGUCGGGAUGCUGGCGGUCACAUGACCAACCACGGCAUCACGACACUGAAGAUGCCGACAUUGGACGGGGUAAGUAUUCUAACCCACAUCCAGUGUCGGAUACAGCUAACUCCCCCCUUCCCUAGUGCCUAACCCUAACGCCCCACGGCCCGUAACCAUGACAGGUACCUGGAUAAUUACCUUCAGGCUGUUGGUGUUCCGGCGCCGGUCUCCUGAGUGGUGUCGGGAUUCCGGUCAGUCACAUGACUGCCAGCAUACCGGCCGCAGGGUUGGCAAACACAUCUCAAAUGCAGGCAUGAAAACAAAGGGUAGGGAGGGCCCUGCUCAUUAGAGUCCUUACACACGGUACUAAUAGGAGGGCACAUACGAGUGUGACACAGUGCAGAUUGGGGAGGAGACGUACCACCCUACGAGAGAGAGAGAAGGUGAAGAAGUUGAACAGCUUCUGUUAUUUAUCUAUAAAAUGACCGGCGCUGAUUGCUUACUAUGUUCAAGUUCCACUUUACCCUCCUUCAUAGGUUUGCUGUAUCUACCCUAGGGAGGAGUAGGGUAAGUGGUAAUAAGGAGCAGAACCGGACAUAGGCAUAGGCAAACUAGGCAAUUGCCUAGGGCAUUUGAUAUGCCUAGGGGCAUCAGCAGCUUCUGCUGAUUAAAAUGAUAUGCGGCAUGCCUAUAUUCUGUGUGUAGCAUUUCAUAUGCAAAUACAGCCACAGUCUCACACAGUAUAUAGGCAUGCUGCAUAUCAUUUUAAUCAGCAGAAGCUGCUUGUGCAUAGCCACACAGUAAUGCAAAUAAGAUGCAUUUUCGUCAAAAAAGGUGUGCCCGACGUUAGCAUUGAGGCAAGAUUUAUGAGGACACAUCUGUAUCCAAGCAGAGGCAGAGGUCACAGUGUUAGUGGCAGUGUGAGUGCUGUGUGCAUGUGAGUGGGUUAGUUGUGCAGUAGUGUUCGGAAUAUGUGUAAGGAGCAUUAUGUGUGUCAUGUAAAAAUGCAUUAAUAAUGUGCAACAUAUGUGUAAGGGGCACUAUGUGUGUCAUUAUGUGUGUGAGGGCAUUAAUAAUGAGAGGCAUAUGUGUAACAGGGUACUACUGUAUGUGUGUUAUUAUGUGUGUAGAGGCACUAAUAAUGUGCAGCAAAUGUGUAGGGGGCACUAUGUGUGUCAUUAUGUGUAUAAGGGUAUUAAUAAUGUGCGGCAUAUGUGUAAGAGACAUUAUGUGUAAAAGGGCAUUAAUAAAGGUUGUCAUAAUGUGUAAGGCGCAUUAUGUUUAUAAGGACAUUAAUAAGGUGUCUCAUGUGUAAGGGGCAUUAUUGUGUGGAAUUAGGUGUAUAAAUGCAUUACUAAUGUGUGGCAUUAUGUGUAUAAGGUGCCCUACUAUGUGGCGUUGCAUAUAGAAAGGGCACUACUGUGUCAUCUAAUGUGAAUAAAUAGCAAUAGAGUGUGAUGUAAUGUGAAUAAGGGAUCUACUGUGAGGAGUAACAUUGGAUGUAAUAUGAAUUGUGGACAUUAUUGCAUGAUCAAAUGUGAAUAAAGUUGCAGUACUGUGUGGCGUAAUUGGAA